AUGGAAUCGACCCUGCUUCUCCUCUUCCUUGGGGGUGUGUGGGCCCAGACGGUGAACACAGGGGCUCCGGAGGUUCUUACACUCACACAACCCCCUUUUUCUUCGGCCUCAACCAUCUCUGAGGCCUCAAACCUUAACUCAGUGGCCUCCGAUGAUGCAAUAACAAGGGUCCCUGAGGCACAUGGCCGUACUGGACCCCAGAUCUCCCUGCCUUCCUCAGCUCCAGGCGAAGUGCCCUCUCCUGAGACUUCCGUCGCUGCCAGCGUUAGCCUUAUGGCCAAUGCAGUAAUCACCCAAGAAGCUCCCACCAGGAAGUUAUCAAUGUCCCAGGAAAUCUCUGAUGCAACCAGUGAUCCCGCUGUCCCAGCAAUGACUACUCUGGGACUUGACACUACUGCUGGUGAAACCAUGGCAACUAGCUCUCUGGAGACCUCCACUGGGACAAGGGGACUCCCUGUCACCAUGGCAACUAGCUCUCUAGAGACCUCCAGUGGGAUGUUGACGAGUGAAUCUCCUGUCACCAUGACAACUAGCUCUCUGGAGACCUCCAAUGGGACCAGUGGACCCCCUGUCACCGUGGCAACCAGCUCUCUGGGGACCUCCAAUGGGACCAGUGGACCCCCUGUCACCAUGGCAACCAGCUCUCUGGGGACUCCCCAGACCAGUGGACCCCCUGUCACCAUGACAACCAGCUCUCUGGGGACUCCCCAGACCAGUGGACCCCCUAUCACCAUGACAACCAGCUCUCUGGGGACUCCCCAGACCAGUGGCUCGCCCAUCUCUAGGGUAAAAAUAUUCAUGUCUACCCCAGCGGUGUCCACAAACAGAGGUGGCGGGCCUGCCCAGAGUUCAGACCAGAAGACAACGCGCACCCUGACGAUGAUGGCCGUGCUGGUGGCCCUGCUGGCGGUCAUCGUCCUCCUGGCGCUGGUGCUGCUGUGGCGCCGGCGGCAGAAGCGCAGGACCGGGGCGCUGACGCUGAACAGGGGCGGGAAGCACAACGGGGUGGUCGACGCCUGGGCUGGGCCGGCCCGAGUGUCCGACGAAGAGGCGGUGGUAACGGCGGCCGCAGGCGUGUCUGGCGGUGACAAGGGCGCUGGGCUCCCCGAGGGGGCGGGCUCUGGCUCUGGCUCUGGCCGGCGGCCCACGCUCACCACCUUCUUCGGUAGACGGAAGUCUCGCCAGGGCUCCUUGGCGCUGGAGGAGCUGAAGGCUGAGCCGGGCGCCGGCCUGACGGGCGAGGAGGAGCCGCUGGUGGGCAGUGAGGACGGGGCUGAGGAGGCCCCCGCCGCGGGCGGGCCAGAAGCAGGAGGUGCUGAGGCCCUGUGA